AUGGCGUCUUCGCCGGUGCCGGAACGGAAAGCGGAGCCGCCGACGGAGCGCCCGGAGCCCCUCGGCGGCGCGGCGGCAGGAUGCGGGUGGGGGGCGUCGGCCGAGGAGCUGGUGGAGGUGGUGGUGGUGCAGCGCUUCCAGUGCCGGCGGUGCCCCUUCCGCAGCGCCGCCCGACAGACGCUCCUGCGCCACGUCCAGCGGAGGCACCUGCAGCCAGGGGCCUCCCCAGGGCCGAAGAGGGGCCGGCCACGCAAGGGGGCUUUGGUGCCAGAGGCCCAGAAGGAGGAGGAGGAGGAGGAAGCGGAGCAACAGGAGGAGGAUGACAUCGUGGAUGCCGGUGCCAUCGAUGACCCGGAAGUGGACAGCGACUACAACCCAGCGGAGGAUGAGCCCCGAGGACGGCCGCCCAGGAUCAGCCGCCCGCUGCCUCCCUCCCCCAAGCAGGGGCUGCGGCGGCGGCCAGGGAGGCCCCGGAAGUUCCCCCGCCUGGAAGGGCCCCCUCAGCCGGCGGGCGGUGAAGCGGAGCAGGCCGUCUCCUCGCCGUGUGUCCCGCAGGGGAACCCGCAGAGCUCCGAGGCGCCCAGCUCCUCGGGCUCCGUCCCUGAUGGCACCGGUCGCCUGGCGGAAGUGGCGGUGAGCCAGUCGGAUUCGGAGAACAGGGACCCCUCCUCGCACGGCCAGCCCGAAGCGCUUCCCCGCCAACGAGGCCGGCCCCCCCAUCGCUUCCUGGGCAAGAAAUACCGCAAGUACAUGGGGCGAAGGUACUGCUACAAGUCCGCCAAGCCCUUGAUGCGGCCGUACCUGUGCCGGAUCUGUGGCUCCCGCUUCCUGACCCACGAGGACCUGCGCUUCCACGUGAGCUCCCACGAGGCCGGGGACCCCCAGCUCUUCCGCUGCCUGCAGUGCAGCUACCGGUCCCGGCGCUGGUCCUCUCUGAAGGAACACAUGUUCAACCACGCGGGGAGGAAGCCCUACAAGUGCGAGGAGUGCGAUUACACCAGCGUGUACAAGAAGGACGUCAUCCGCCACUCUGCGGUUCACAACCGAGACAAGAAGAAGAGAACCGACCCGGCUCCCAAGCGCAGCGCCUUCCCCUGCCCGGUCUGUGGCCGAGUCUACCCCAUGCAGAAGCGGCUCACCCAGCACAUGAAGACGCACAGCUCCGAAAAGCCCCACAUGUGCGACAAGUGCGGGAAGUCCUUCAAGAAGCGUUACACUUUCAAGAUGCACCUGCUGACCCACAUCCAGGCGGUGGCCAACCACAGGUUCAAGUGCGAGUUCUGCGACCACGUCUGCGAGGACAAGAAGCUGCUGCUCAACCACCAGCUGCUGCACAUCAACGACCGGCCCUUCCGCUGCGGCCUCUGCCCCUACGCCACCGUCCGCGAGGACUUCCUGCUCUCCCACACGGCCGUCAAGCACACAGGCGGGAAGCCCUUUGGCUGCGACCUCUGCCACUUCUCCACCAAGCACAAGAAGAACCUGCGCCUCCACGUCCAGUGCCGCCACCCGGAGAAGUUUGCGGAGUGGGUGCAGCUCCAUCCGGAGGAGGCGCCCUGCCGCCGGCGCCCCUUCUUCACCCUUCAGCAGAUCGAGGAGCUGAAGCAGCAGCACUGCCAGGGCCAGGCGGCCCCCGAGGGCCCCCCGCCCAGCCCCCCCGUGCCAGGACCCCCGGACCCUCCCCAGGAGCCCCUGCAGGGCGCCAUCCUCCUCUUCGAGCCAGAGGUGGGGGACUCGGCAGAGGUGACCACGCAAACCGCCCUGGACCUCCUGCUGAACAUGAGUGGCCAGAGGGAGCUGCCUUCCAGUGCCCUGGAGGUGGCUGUGGUGAAGGCGCCCUUGGAGUCCCAGGGCCAGGGGGAGGAGGAGGAGCAGGGGGAGCUGCAGAGCGGCCUGCUGACCCCCCAGGGGACGGAGCAACGGGGGGCCCUCCUCCAGCCCUCCACGGGCCCCUCCGAGGUCCAGCACAUCACCGUCCCCUUCUGCAGCGCCUCCGAGUACAGCGUGGUCUCCGCCAAUGGGGAGGUUGCCAGCACGCUCUACGGCAGCAAGGACGAGGCCCCUGGCGAAGCUGCGCAGGCCCUGAUCCAGGACUCCCUGAAGGAGGACGCCACAGUGCCCAAGGGGCACCAGCAGCACCCACCGCCUCCAGGGGAGCCGCUCAGCGGGGAGCCCCUGCCGGCCGUCCCGUGGCCAGUCGUGCGCUGCCUGACCUGGCAGGCCCAGGAGCAGCUGGAGCCGGAGGCCGGCGAUCUCCCCCUGGUCCCCUCAGAGCAGGCCGUGGCCAGGGCCCCCCCGGGCAAGAAGCCCCCCCCGGCCAAGAAGUUCUCCUGCAAGAUCUGCAGCGCCACCUUUGCGGGCCGGGCGGAGAUGGAGCCACAAGAGGCCCACGCCAGGCCCAGCGGCUUCAAGUGCCCCGAUUGCCCCUUCACGGCGGCUGCCUGGCCAGAAGUCCGGAACCACCUGCAGCAGCACGCCAACCUCCGUCCCCACAAGUGCCAGCACUGCAGCUUCGCCUCCAAGAACAAGAAGGACCUGCGCAGACACACCCUGACCCACACCAACGAGAAGCCCUUCGCCUGCCACAUCUGCGGCCAGAGGUUCAACCGCAAAGGACACCUGAAGUUCCACACGCAGCGGCUGCACAGCUCGGAGGGGGGGGCGGCCUCCGAGCCCCUCCCCCCCGCCUCCCAGACCAUCAUCCUGAAGAGCCCCGAGGAGACCCUGGCCACGCUGCAGACGGCUCUGCAGUCCGGCCCAGAGAGGCUCCAGCAGGCCCUGGAGCAGGAACACAUGAUCGUCACCCAGCAGGAGGGGGACCCCAACGAGGAGGAGGCCACCUACAUCCAGGAGAUCCUGGCCACGGCGGACGGGCAGAUGGUGCAGCACCUGGUGACCACUGAGAACCAGGUCCAGUACAUCAUCACCCAGGAGGGAGUCCAGCAGCUGCUGCCCCAGGAGUUCGUGGUGCUGCCUGAGGGCCACCACAUCCAGGUGCAGGACGGCCAAAUCACCCACAUCCAGUACGAGCCAGGGGGGCCGUUCGUGCAGGAGCCCCAGAUCCAGUACGUCCCCGUCUCCCCUGGGCAGCAGCAGCAGCUCCUCACCCAGGCCCAGCUGGAGGCUGCGGCCCACACGGCAGUGGCCGUCAUUGGGGCCCCCGGGAGCAGCAAGGAGGCCCCCACAGAGCAGGAGCUCCUGCCCGUCCCCUUGGGCCGACCGGCAGCCGGCCUGGGCAAAGUGAAAAGCCCCAACUGCCUCUUCUGCACAGUGGCCGAUGUGGCCGUGGCUCCCUUCGGCACGGAGUCUGGGCCGGAGCAGCUUCAGCCGGGCGUCCACUACGACAUCAUCACCGUGGCAGAGUGACCGGCCUCCUCCUUGGACCAGCCUUCCGUCCGGAAGGUGCCUCCCGCAACCGCCCAGCUUCAGCCGCUGCUCCUACUCGGCCGCCCCGCAGGUCACCUGGCAGGCCAGGUUGGGGGGGGGCUCUUCGCAGGGAUGCCCAGCCGAAGACCCCCAUCUGCAGCCCCUCCCCCCUCGCGAGGACUCCCUGGGGGAGGCACUGCUGAAUAAAAAGGGCCACUCGGUCUGGA